UAUUGCGAUCCUGGAGGAGAAAAAUUAGUGUUCUUUCAUUAGAAGGUAGGAGCCAUUUCUUUCUCCGCAUUUUUUGGAAUCAAAUUUUUUUCUCUAGUGAUGAGAGAACAAGAAGAAGAAGACAAUAGCGGAAGACGACGACGUCAACAACGAUGAUGCACCCAGACCUCCACCGUUUCGGCGUCUCAUCCCAUUUCCGAAGCCACUUCCCCGCCUCAUUCUCCCUCCGUAAGAAGGUUCCAUGGUGGUACCAAAUCCUCGACCCUCGGUCCAAAUUCGUCGCACAAUGGAACCGCACGUUCCUCUACUCUUGCAUCGCCGCUUUGUUCCUCGACCCUCUCUAUUUCUAUUUCCCUAUCACCGGCGAUAAGGCUUGCAUGCAAACCGAUUUGGUCCUCGGCGUCUUCGUCACGUUCUCUCGCACCGUCGCUGAUUUGUUCUUCUUUUUUCACAUUGUUCUCAAGUUUCGCACCGCAUUCGUUUCCCCUAAAGAUCGUGUUUAUGGCCACAAGGAACUUGUUACUGAUCCCUACCAAAUUGCGUCGCGCUACUUCAAGUCUGAUUUCGUCGUUGAUUUCCUCGCCACACUUCCUCUUCCACAGAUAGUGGUUUGGUUUGUGAUUCCGGCAAUUAAAGAUUCAACGGUGGCUCAUGUAAACCACACCUUGUCUCUGAUUGUACUCAUUCAGUACAUUCCUCGGCUGUUUCAAAUUUUUCCCCUGCAACGGCGAAUCUUGAAGACUAGCGGGCUUAUAGCCAAAACUGCCUUGGCAGGGGCGUUGUACAAUCUUGGUUUCUAUAUGUUGGCCAGUCAUAUUUUAGGAGCUUCCUGGUAUGUUGCUUCCAUUCAGCGCCAAUUUGAGUGCUGGAGAAUAACUUGCAGGAAGGAGAUGAAUAGAACACACUCUCCAUCUUGUAAUCCUUUGUUUCUAGAUUGUGCUAGCAUGACCAACCCUGAGCGCCAAGCUUGGUUUAGACACACUAAAGUCCUUACUGAUUGUGAUGCCCUCAAUAAUAAAAACCACUUUCAGUUUGGAAUGUUUGCUGAUGCUUUUACAGAUCAUGUCUCUUCCUCAAGAUUCUUCCAGAAAUAUUUUUAUUGUCUCUGGUGGGGUUUGAAAAAUCUAAGUUCAUAUGGACAAAAUAUUCAAACAAGUACUUACAGUGCUGAAACGUUAUUUUCAAGUUUCAUAUGCAUUGCGGGCCUUAUCCUAUUUGCGCAUCUCAUUGGUAACAUGCAGAAUUAUCUACAAUCUUCAACAGCAAGACUUGAGGAGUGGAGGCUUAGACAAAAGGAUACAGAAGAGUGGAUGAAUCAUCGGCAACUUCCACAAGAACUGCAAGAACGUGUUCGCAGGUUUGUUCAAUAUAAAUGGCUAGCCACUAGAGGUGUGGAUGAAGAAGCUAUUUUACGCUCUUUGCCCGUAGACCUUCGGCGCGAGAUUCAGAGGCAUCUUUGUCUUGAUAUUGUCCGACGAGUUCCUUUUUUUGGCCAAAUGGAUGAUCAGCUUCUAGAUGCUAUAUGCGAACGUCUUGUUUCAUCCCUUAACACAAAAGACUCACACAUUGUUCGAGAAGGUGAUCCAGUAAGAGAAAUGCUUUUCAUCAUUAGAGGACAAGUAGAGAGCUCCACAACUGACGGUGGUAGAUCAGGAUUCUUCAACUCCAUCACCCUCAAACCCGGUGACUUCUGUGGUGAAGAAUUGCUAACGUGGGCUCUUGUGCCAGCCUCGAGUCUUAACCUUCCAUCUUCGACUCGAACGGUGAAGACUCUCACUGAAGUUGAAGCAUUUGCACUCAGAGCAGAGGACCUCAAAUAUGUCUCAAACCAGUUUAAGCGCCUCCACAGCAAGAGACUCCAACAUGCUUUCCGGUACUAUUCCCACCAGUGGAGAGCUUGGGGGUCUUGCUUUAUACAAGCUGCUUGGAGGCGUCAUCGCAAGAGACAAUUGACAAUGGAGUUGAUGGAGAAAGAAAACUUGUAUUAUUCAAAUGUGAUGGAGCUAGAAGAUGAUGAAGAAAAUGGUGCAGAAGAAGGUUUAGUUGGGGACAAUGCAAGCCAUGGUCAAAAUCUUGGGGCUACAGUUUUGGCUUCAAAAUUUGCUAAGAAAACUAAAGGGGCGGUUAAGAGAAUACCCAUCCCUGAGAGUAGCAGUUUAAAGAUGCCCAAGAUGUUCAAGCCAACAGAGCCUGAUUUCUCAAGAUUCCAUGAUGAUUAGUGUAAGUCUCAUGAGAUAACAACAUAACAAUGUUACAUCUCGCAAUUUAAAUUUAAUGUUAUACAUAAAUUUGUAAAGUGUCUGGGUUCAAUAUAUCACUAGUGUAUGUUAGUAGUACCCAAGAAACAAAGUGGCUUAGAGCAAUGUUUACGUGUAAGAUUAUAUACAAUACGACAAUGACAACUACUUAUUAUUCAAUCACAA